GCACCCCUCCCAUCCAGGUCCUCCUGACUGCAGCUGUUUGGGUUAACCGGGGAGGCGCGAGGCAGGAUGCGCGAUGGGACAAGCGUGCGGACACGCGCUCCUCUGCCGAAGCCAGCCACCGUCCUCCGAGAUACGCGGUCAGCAAGUGUUUCUGCGUCCUGAUGAGAGUUCAGCUCCAGCCCUGACUACCAGACAGUGCACCACGUUGUCCGAACAACUCCAGGAUGCUUUGCUGCGGCUGGCGGCGGUUACCGACGCACGCUCGCUGCGAGCGGCUCUUCAAGACAGCAUACAGGAGCUGCUACCCAGCACGGAGUGUGUGUGUGUCUACAUGCUGGAGGGAGUCUCUAGGCUGCUCUGUGACGACCCGCCACAUGAACUGCCACAGGAGGGAAAGAUCAGGAGUAUCGCAGACCAGCUGAAGCGAUGUCAGUGCGCCGGCCUUCCUCUGUCGGAGCUGCCAGAGAAACACAGAAACUGCCUCGCAGCACCGUUGCCAGCGCACAGAAGAGCCCUUGUCAUUCCUCUCUUGGACCAGGAGCGGGACAAGGCCCUCGCUGUUGUAUUGGUGGGCUGUAAUUCACUGUCCGAUCAGGAUGAACUGCAUCUUAACGUGCUGGAAAAACAUGCCUCAGUGGCAUGUGUGCGGGUCCAUGCUGUUCAGGCGUCCUACCAGAGGCCUCCUCUCAGCCCCUCGCCGAUACAGUCCCACAACGCACUGCUGUCCCUCAACGUCUCGGAGCAGGACUACUGCGAACUGGACCGCAACAUCCUGCAGCUCUGCGGUGAGCUCUUUGACCUUGAUGCAGCCUCUCUCCAGCUCAAAGUCAUCAAUUAUCUGCAGCAGCAGACUCGGUCGCAGUGUUGUUGUUUGCUGCUGGUGUCCGAGGACAACCACCAGCUUUUCUGCCAGGUAGUUGGAGACAAAGUCCUGGAGGAGGAGAUCAGCUUCCCGCUGAUGUUUGGACGCUUUGGUCAGGUUGUCGAGAAGAAGAAGUCAAUUACUCUUCAGGACAUCAGUGCCGAGGAGCGUAGGCAGCUGUCCAGCAUGUUGGGUUGUGAGAUUUCCUCCAUGCUUUGUGUGCCAGUUGCCAGCAGAGCCACCGGUCAAGUGGUGGCGCUAGCGUGCGCCUUCAACAAGCAAGGCGGGCAGAGACACACAGAGGCAGAUGAGCAUGCCAUCCAGCACUGUUUCUGCUACACUUCAACAGUCCUCACUUCAACUUUGGCCUUCCAAAAAGAACAGAAACUCAAAGUGGAGUGCCAGGCGCUCUUACAAGUGGCCAAGAAUCUCUUCACACACUUGGAUGAUGUGUCAGUGCUGUUACAGGAAAUUAUAGUGGAGGCCAGGAACCUCAGUGAUGCGGAGAUCUGUUCAGUGUUCCUGUUGGAUCGAGUCAGUCAUGAGUUGGUGGCGAAGGUGUUUGACGGCGGCGUGGUCAGUGACGAGGAGAAGGAGUUUCGUAUUCCAGCCGAUCAGGGUAUUGCGGGUCACGUGGCGACCACCGGCCAGAUCUUGAACAUAAAGGACGCCUAUUCCCAUCCCCUCUUCUACCGUGGUGUUGAUGACAGCACAGGCUUCAGGACCCGCAACAUCCUCUGCUUCCCCAUCAAAGACGAGAACAACGAGGUGAUCGGGGUGGCUGAGUUGGUGAAUAAAAUGAACGGGCCCUGGUUCAACCGCUUCGAUGAGGACCUGGCCACGGCUUUCUCCAUCUAUUGUGGCAUCAGCAUCGCCCACUCUCUGCUCUACAAGAAAGUCCACGAGGCUCAGUUCAGGUCCCACCUGGCCAAUGAGAUGAUGAUGUACCAUAUGAAGGUUUCAGAGGAAGAGGUUACGAAACUGCUGGUUACGGGAAUCGAACCUGUGAAGGAGAUCCACCCCUGUUACGCCGAGUUUACGUACACGCCUCGCUCGCUGCCGGAUGAAACCACGCCCUUGUGCAUCCUCAGCAUGUUUGAAGACAUGGGUUUCAUCACCACGUACAAGAUCGACCUGAACACUCUGGCCAGGUUCUGUCUGAUGGUGAAGAAAGGCUACAGGGACCCUCCCUACCACAACUGGAUGCACGCCUUCUCUGUCUCACACUUCUGCUACCUGCUCUACAAAAACCUAGGGCUGUCCAACUACCUCGAGGAUAUAGAGAUUCUUGCUCUCUUUGUCUCCUGUAUGUGCCAUGACCUGGACCACCGUGGCACCAACAACUCUUUCCAAGUCGCCUCGCAAUCUGUGCUGGCUGCUCUCUACAGCUCAGAGGGAUCUGUGAUGGAGAGACACCACUUUGCCCAGGCCAUCGCCAUUCUGAACACUUUUGGCUGCAACAUCUUUGAGAAGUUCUCCAGGAAGGACUACCAGCGCGUGUUAGAUUUGAUAAGAGACAUUAUUCUAGCUACAGACCUGGCUCACCAUCUUCGCAUUUUCAAGGACCUGCAGAAAAUGGCUGACGAUGGAUACAAUCCUAAAAGCCAAACCCACCGCUCCAUGCUGCUGUGCCUGUUGAUGACAUCGUGUGACUUGUCAGACCAAACCAAGGGCUGGAAAACAACACGCAAGAUUGCUGAGCUGAUUUAUAAAGAGUUCUUCUCUCAAGGCGAUCUGGAAAAAGCCAUGGGGAACAGGCCCAGUGAGAUGAUGGACAGAGAGAAAGCGUACAUCCCAGAACUACAGAUAAGCUUCAUGGAACAUAUCGCCAUGCCUAUUUACAAGCUGCUGUCUGAACUGUUUCCUGAGGCCACUGAGCUGUACGAGAGAGUGGCAGCAAAUCGGGAGCAGUGGACCAAAGUGUCCCACAAGUUCACCAUCCGUGGGUUGCCUAGCAACAACAGUCUAGACUUCCUGGACCAGGAAUACGAGCUGCUGCAGUCCCAGGGUGCUUUUGGGAGCGAUGACCACUGCCUCAACGGUUGCCUUGAAGAUGCAGAGGGAGGGAGGGGCCAGUGACACCAGCAGGCGGCUGAUGGUUUCUCAAAGUUUUCUGUGGUCCAAUAAGAGGCUGAGGAUACCUUUUUAGCGACCUGAGAGGGAGGGAUCUCUCUGCUGUCAAUCACUUAGAUGCUUAGCAGGCCAUGCAGAAUGGACAGGACAAAGUUAUUGAAACUAAUCAAAUCAGACAAGUGAUUUGAAACGAGCGGAUACACCUGAGCCAGUUCAGUGAUUAGAUGCUACAUGUUGCUUGUGUCUCCAGUUCAGGAAAGCAGAAGGUGGUGACUUCAUCUUUUUCAGCGGCUGUACUGGAAAAAUACGUUUUUACCACAAGUCACGAGUUCAUCCAUACAGUACUGAUCCUGAUUUACGAUUGUAAAAACACACACGCGUUGACACACAUAUGUACAUGCACAUACUGUUCGGACACAUGACAGAGAAAAAAAAACAAUUCAUUUUUAUGGAAAACGUCAACAUGUAACAGUAAGAUAAAGUGCUAUACUUUCUGUAAAAUGUUUCAUAAUAGCUUCUAUUGAUUUAAAUGGCUCAGCUAUGUUCACUACCAGCUGCCCAUAGUCCCUCACCUGAUGCUUAUGAAUGCAUGCUGUAUGGACACCUCAUGUAUUAUUCCUUUUAUCUUCGUCAUUGUCGAUUUUUUCAUGGCUAAGAAAUUAAUGCAGUACAGUUUUAUACCAUUGGAAACAGAUUUUUGUAUAUUCAAUUCGCUCAUUACACCCAUAAAUUUGUACAGAGGAGAUUUAGCUCAUUUACUCUACAAUAACCGUCAUCUGUAUUCAUUCAAGUUCCGUCAUUUUUCGGGGCGGGGGGGGUUAAGGGAAAAUUUGACAAUCACUGAUGGAUUACAGAGUCACAGAUCCCUGGCCAUAAUGCCCCACUCCAUGCAUUCUUCAUUAAAAACACACACCCUGUCACUGCACCCUCACCGCAAACAAAAGCCACUCAUGACCUUGCUUUAUUUCCCCUACUCCCUUGCACAUUUCUCACUUGCUUUCACAUUUUAGUCAACUGAUUUCCACAUGAAACACUCUAGAUAGAGAUCAACUGAAGCCCUUUAAAAGAUCCAUCUCAUCUGUUAGUGUAAAUGUGCCAGAGUAGAGCGUGUUAUACAGAGUGUGUCAUUGAGUGUGUCAUAUGGAUCUGCCUUAUUGCGCAUCUUUGCUGCCUUUCUUAGAGCUUUUAAUAUAUGAAAAAUUGAAAUAAAGAGUCUGUUUAGUAUGUAUGUUGUAUAUUUGUUAUAGACAUAGUUUGAGUAUCAGCGUGUUGACUGAAUGAUGCUCAGAAGAUGUAUAUUUGUGAAAUACCUGUGUGGAGACCUCAGAUCUCAUGUCAUUUCACUUAUUUCUAUUUUAAGUUAUGUAUACAACCACCUGUGGAUAAUAGGCAGACAAAACAGCAUUUGUAUGUUCUCAAAUAAUGUUUUAAAGAAGGAACUUGAGAUGUAGCCGUCAUAGAAAAGACUCAAUCGUUCACUAUUGCUGCAUCCCAAAGGAAACAUUUAGAAGAUUAGAGUCACGUUUGUCAGAUUGUGCCUCAUGUGAAAAGAAAAAAAAA